AUGGUGCACACGUCGGGCGUCGGGGACACCGCCCCAAUGCUCUUUGAUUUUUUUUCAUGCCCGAAUGAGGCAUGUGCAAGGCCAAUCGUACUCCUCAUCACUUUCGGUAAACUUAUCGAAAAGAUGAUUGCCAAUAGAAUACAGUUUGACGCCGUCAAGCAUGAUAUCUUCCAUCCCAACCAACUUGGCAGUAUCCGCCAACGGUCAACUGAGGAUGCUGGAUUGAUUCUGAAGGGUCUCCAGACUAGCGCGCUGGCUUUUGACAUCACGCAGUUCUUCCCUUCUAUUAACCAUGAGAUGUUCAUGGCUGUUCUUCGCAAGCAAGGGUUUUCGCCUGUUUUGGUGGAAUUCUUUGCCUCUUACCUUGUAGGCCGGUCCACAGUUUACUGUUGGAACACCUUCCAAUCCGACUCACGGUCUGCGGACGUGGGUGUCGGGCAGGGCUCUGCUCUCUCGCCUGUUAUCUCUGGGCUCGGCGCCACUCAACAUGACGCUGCUGUCUUUGUGGAUGAUGGGACCAUUCUGGCCCAAUCCAAACAACUUGAUGAUAAUAAUGUGGGCCUGCGUAAGGCCUACAAAAUUAUCUACCUUCUCUUUGUUGCCUUCGCACUCGUUCUUGAACACGACAAGACCGAGCUGUUCCACUUUUCGCGUCGACGAGAUGCCUACAAUCCCUCGCUGGAUUUGGGGUACGCCCCUCAUACCGGCGCCACACCUUUGAAACCUAAGACCUAUUGGAGGUACUUGGGCUUCUACUUUGACCGCGGGCUCACGUUCCAUGAGCACGUUCGCUACUACGCCACCAAGGCGUUUACCACUGUGCAGGCCAUGCGCAUGCUCGGGAACUCUACUAGAGGUCUAUCGCCUAAACAGCGCCGCCUCUUAUAUCGAUCGUGUGUGGUCCCUAUUGCCACAUACGGUUAUCGUCUCUGGUAUUUUGAUGGCGCCCGCAAUAAGGGUGCGAUGAACCAGUUGAAACGGAUGCAGCGAAAAGCUGCUCUAUGGAUUACGGGUGCUUUCCGCACCUCCCCCACAGGCGGUCUUGAGGCACUAGCGGGUCUCAUCCCCGUCCAUCUCAUGCUGAAGAAGCUGGCGACGCGCGCAGUGUAUCGCAUCGCUACCCUCUCAGACACUCACCCCCUUCGCUCUAUGAUGGGCGAGGGACUCCUCAAGCGAGCCGCACCACACGCUCGCUCUGCCGCCUUGAUGACCCCAGCCAUGCGGGGGAAAGUCAAGAGCACUGUCAUGGAAGUGGACGAGCGCGUCCACACCUUAACUGAGAGCUUCGAGCCCUUUGCGCCCGAAGCUCGCCCAGGCGACCGGUUACUGGACCACUAUGCGGACCGUCUCCAUUUUGACGAGCGUGAUCCUGGCCAGGAUAGGCGCCCAUAUCUAGACGAGCUCAUUGCGAAGGCAAGGGCCGACCCACUAACAGUACUGGCUGCAACUGAUGGCUCUGUCCCUCAGUCCAACCAGUAUCAGGCGGCUUCGGCUGCUAUAAUCUACAAGGGACAUCCGGUGGACAACCGGAUUAUGUCUCUGGCAGAGUUACCGCCCCAGAUGCGGAACUCAAUGCCAUCUCCCCACAGAGCGGUUGACCCUGGCGUGCAUUCUGGUCAGGCUUUUAGUCUGUCAGUAUGUCGCGCUCUUCAAGAGUGGUUUGAGGCAGAUGAUCUCCGUCGCAUUACCUUCGUCUACGUCCCUUCCGCUAUGCGUUGGGAUAUCCAUGGUGAAGCACACAAGUAUGUCACCGAGCUCAAAGUCAGGGUUGGAUGUCGCAAGACGGACAACUCUAUAGAUGCGCUUCGCUCUCAAGCUGCGCACUCAGUCCUGGAUUCGUGGAACUCCACUUUCCAGGAUCCAACCUACCGAGGCUCUGAAUUCUUAGAGCUUCAACAGCCUGACAGGCGGCCGCUACAGCCAUCGUACCUCAAUGGGGGACCCUGGCUCUCAACCUUCGGACACAGUAUUACUGAGUUCGCCCGCGUUUGCCGGUGUAUAACUGGCCACGCGCCCAUUGGAGCGUAUUACCGUCGCUUCAAGAUCAAUGAGCCUCAUGGCUGCACUUGCGGGGCUGCUUUGCAGUCUCGCCAGCAUAUCCUCUUUCGCUGUUGCGAUAGAUAUUCUGUACACUAUCCCCGUUUUCUCGGGGAUAUUGCAUCGUUUAUGAAGUACAACCCUACGGCGUUUGGCUUCAACCGGGACCCGUCGGGUUCCUGGUGGACGGACGAGUGCUUGGAGACAUUCGGAGUAUAUCAGCUGAGCCGCUCGCUCGCUGAUUACAACAAAUUCAAGAAGGUGUGUAAGGACGCCAAGCGUGACUUCUUCGAUGAACGCAUCACAGAGAUCGCUACUUCCCACAAGCGCCCGUGGGACCUAGUGGAAUGGGUCAAGCAGUGCAAGCUACCACCCUGUGAGGCUAUUCGCAAUGGCGACCAGUCUUGUCAUGAUAUGGACGACCUUUGGGAUGCCCUACACAGCACGUACAACUCGGCCUCAGGUCGUGAGUAUGAUGCCUUGGUCUUAGAUGAGCUUCCCGACGAGCCAGUCCGUGAGUGGGCUGACUUCUCAGAGCAUGAGUUGUUGAGUGCCCUUAAGGGGUGCUCCAACUCCUCUGCACCAGGACCGGACCAUGUUACAUGGGUCCACCUAAAGGAGCUGCUCAAGGAUAAACACGUCCUUGCGCUCUUCAUCGUGCUGGCUAACGCUUGCCUUCGGGUGGGUCAUUGGCCGCAUAUAUUCAAGGAGUCACUAUCGGUUAUCGUUCUGAAGCUGAAUAAGCCCUCCUAUGCCGUACUGAAGGCCUUCAGGCUGAUCGUACUCCUCAUCACUUUCGGUAAACUUAUCGAAAAGAUGAUUGCCAAUAGGAUACAGUUUGACGCUGUCAAGCACGAUAUCUUCCAUCCCAACCAACUUGGCGGCAUCUGCCAGAGGUCAACUGAGGAUGCUGGAUUGAUUCUGACUCAUCUCGUGCGAGUGGGGUGGGUUAAGGGUCUCCAGACUAGCACGCUGGCUUUUGACAUCGCGCAGUUCUUCCCUUCUAUCAACCAUGAGAUGUUCAUGGCUGUACUUCGCAAGCAAGGGUUCUCGCCGGUCCUGGUGGAGUUCUUUGCCUCUUAUCUUGUUGGGCGUUCCACUGUCUACUGCUGGAAUACCUUCCAAUCCGACUCACGGUCUGCGGACGUGGGUGUUGGGCAGGGCUCAGCUCUCUCGCCUGUUAUCUCUGGGCUGUUCAUUGCUCCGGUGAUGAAGCUCUUCUACAUCAAAGCGGCGCUGCUCAACACGACGCUGCUUUCCUUUGUGGAUGACAGGACCAUUCUGGCCCAAUCCAAACAACUCGAUGAUAAUAAUGUAGGCCUGCAUAAGGCCUACAAGAUUAUCUACCUUCUUUUUGUUGCCUUCGCACUCGUUCUUGAACACGACAAGACCGAGCUGUUCCACUUUUCGCGUCAAGGAGACACCUACAAUCCCUCGCUGGAUUUGGGGUACACCCCACAUACUGGUGCUACACCUUUGAAGCCCAAGACCUAUUGGAGGUACUUAGGCUUUUACUUUGACCGCGGGCUCACCUUUCAUGAGCAUGUCUGCUACUAUGCCACCAAGGCAUUCACCACUGUGCAGGCCAUGUGCAUGCUCGGAAACUCUACCAGAGGUCUCUCGCCUAAACAGCGGUGCCUCCUCUAUAGAUCAUGUGUGGUUCCCAUUGCCACAUAUGGUUAUCAUCUCUGGUAUUUCGACGGAGCCCGUAAUAAGGGCGCAAUGAACCAGCUCAAGCGGAUGCAGCGGAAAGCUGCUCUAUGGAUCACGGGUGCUUUCCGCACCUCCCCCACAGGUGGUCUUGAGGCCCUCGCUGGUCUCAUACCCGUUCACCUCAUGCUGAAGAAGCUGGCGAUGUGUGCAGUGUACCGUGUCACUACCCUGUCAGACACUCACCCUCUUUGCUCCAUGAUGGGUGAGGAACUCCUUAAGCGGGCCGCACCACAUGCCCGCUCAGCUGCCUUGAUGACCCCAGCCAUGCGAGGGAAAGUCAAGAGCACCGUCAUGGAGGUGGACGAGCGUGUCCACACCUUAACUGAGAGCUUCAAGCCCUUUGCGCCCGAAGCUCGCCCAGGCAAUCGGUUACUGGACCGCUAUGCGGACCAUCUCCACUUUGACGAGUGCGAUCCUGCCCAAGAUAGGCGACCAUAUCUAGAUGAGCUCAUCACGAAAGCGAGGGCCGACCCUUCAACAGUACUGGCUGCAACUGAUGGCUCUGUCCCUCAGUCCAACCAGUAUCAGGCAGCUUCGGCUGCUAUAAUCUACAAGGGACAUCACAAGCUUGAAAGGACUCAUUAUGUCUCUGGCAGAGUUACCGCCCCAGAUGUGGAGCUCAAUGCCAUCUCGAGUGUGGUACGCCUUGCUGUCAAGCAGGCAAACUGCCAACAUAUCAUGGUCUUCACUGACUCUAUGGGCUUGGCCCAUAGAGCGGUUGACCCCUCCGUGCACUCUGGUCAGGCUUUUAGCCUGUCAGUUUGUCACGCUCUCCAAGAGUGGUUCGAGGCAGAUGAUCUCCACCGCAUCACCUUUAUCCACGUUCCAUCUGCUUUGCGGUGGGACAUUCAUGGUGAGGCACACAAGUACGUCACCGAAUUUAAAGUCAGGGUUGGAUGUCGGAAGAUGGACAACUCUAUAGACGCACUGCGCUCUCGGGCCGCGCACUCAGUCCUGGAUUUGUGGAGUUCCACUUUCCAGGAUCCAACUUACCGAGGCUCUGAAUUUUUAGAGCUUCAACAGCCUGACGGGCGGCCGCUACAGCCAUUGUACCUCAAUGGGGGACCUUGGCUUUCAACCUUCGGACACAGUAUCACUGAGUUUGCUCGCGUUUGCUGGUGUAUAACUGGCCACACACCCAUUGGAGCGUAUUACCGUCGCUUCAAGAUCAACGAGCCUCAUGGCUGCACUUGCAGGGCUGCUCUGCAGUCCCAUCAGCACAUUCUCUUUUGCUGCUGUGACAGAUACUCUGUACACUGUCCCCGUUUCCUCGGGGAUAUUGCAUCGUUUAUGAAGUACAACCCUACUGCGUUUGGCUUCAACCAGGACCCCUUGGGUGUCGGCUAA